AUGUCUGGUUUAACCAUUAAUACUACAAUUAUUAUUUCACUUGAAAAGUAUCAAGGUUUUUUAUUUCCAUCAAUCCUAGACAGCACAAGAAUAACAUACCUGCUACUUAUGUUUCGAGUGUUUCCAAUGUGUCUGCGCUGUUAUCCAAUGAUGUGGUGCGUCAUCACAGUCCUUGUAGUUUUUGCGGCUCAUCAUUGUAUCGCCCACAAUCUCAUCAUAAGUCUACAGUCUGGACAAGUCCGGGGAACUACUUUUAGUACACCAAGUGGUAAAACAUUUAACGCUUGGAGAGGUAUAGCAUUUGCCAAACCACCAUUAGGAGAUUUAAGAUUUAAGCACCCAGAACGUCCAAAACCCUGGGAUGGUGUAUUAGAUGCUACAAAAGAUUCAAAGGCCUGUAUGAAUACAAGUUAUUUUGAAGGCGAACCAGAACCAACUUAUGGUUACAGUGAAGAUUGUUUGUACGUGAAUGUUUAUGCUCCAAUAAAACCAAAUUCUAGUGAUGCGGAAGAGUUGCUCAUGGUGACGAGCUAG